AUACAUUAUUUUUUUUAUAUAACAUGUAUUUGUUCCAGAUAUCCAAAUAUCUUAAAAAUCGGCACUCAUAAAAUCACAACACAAAGCUCUGCUGAAAAGUGGAAGGAAAUGAAAUUCCAUUGGGGCAAAAGCAAAACAAUGGAUUUUAUUUUGGGAGAGAUUAUUGAAUUUUCCCACAAAGAGAAAACACUGUUGGGGAAAAUUAGACAGUUCAUGGUAAAGGAAUGUGACCAGGAAAAUGGUGAACUCUGUGUUGAAGUUGAGGAACUCAGAAAGGGUGAUCACCCCUACUUUGAAGAUUUGUUUAAUGAAGAAGAAAAUAGGUGUUUGGUGAUUAUGAACAAAUCACUCUGUGUCCCAAUUGAUAAAUGUUCUAAGUACACAGUAUCUCAGCCAAUUGAUGUGUACCUGAGAGAGGUUAAUGAUGGAUAUGAGAACUUCAAUUUACUGUCAGAAGAGGUAAGCAUUUGAAUAUCUACAUA